CUCCGCCCAGCAGAAAGUCGCCUUAUUGGUUGGUUGGAGAGGUGCACUGCGAAUGACGUCAUCAGCCCGCGCGCUCUCUCUCUCUUUCUGUGUCUCCGCCGCCUGCGAGUCUCCUCCAUCCCUGCGAGCUAGUGGUCGUGAAGAUGGACUGGCGUCCGGAUGAGGAAGGAUUACAGCAAGUCCUGCAGCUCUUAAAGGACUCUCAGUCCCCGGACACGGCCACUCAGAGAGUUGUCCAGGAGAAACUGAAGCAGCUCAACCAGUAUCCCGACUUCAACAAUUAUCUGAUCUUUGUUCUGACGCGGCUCAAGUCUGAAGAUGAACCCACGCGCUCUCUAAGUGGUCUGAUCCUGAAGAACAAUGUGAAAGCCCAUUACCAGAACUUCCCCCAGCCCGUGUCUGAAUUCAUAAAGCAGGAAUGUCUGAACAGCAUCGGAGACUCGUCCUCCCUCAUCAGAGCCACCAUCGGGAUUCUCAUCACUACCAUAGCAUCAAAGGGAGAGCUGCAGACCUGGCCAGAACUGCUACCUCAGCUCUGCAACCUGCUGAACUCGGAGGACUACAACACCUGUGAGGGAGCAUUUGGCGCUCUUCAAAAAAUCUGUGAAGAUUCCUCCGAGCUCCUGGACAGCGACGCUCUGAACAGACCGCUGAACAUCAUGAUCCCCAAAUUUCUCCAGUUCUUCAAGCACUGCAGCCCCAAAAUCAGGUCUCACGCCAUCGCCUGCGUAAACCAGUUUAUAACGGACCGCGCCCAGGCUCUCAUGGAUAACAUCGACACUUUCAUUGAGCACCUAUUUGCACUUGCGGUGGAUGAAGACCCCGAGGUCCGCAAGAACGUGUGCCGGGCGCUGGUGAUGCUGCUGGAGGUGCGGAUAGACCGGCUGCUUCCUCACAUGCACAGCAUUAUCCAGUACAUGCUGCAGAGGACGCAGGACAGCGACGAAAACGUGGCGCUGGAAGCCUGCGAGUUCUGGUUGACGCUGGCUGAUCAACCUAUUUGUAAAGACGCUCUGUCCAGUCACCUGCUUCAGUUAAUUCCCAUCCUGGUGAACGGUAUGAAGUACAAUGAGAUCGACAUCAUCCUCUUAAAGGGAGACGUGGAGGAGGAUGAGACGGUCCCGGACAGUGAGCAGGACAUUAAGCCCCGGUUCCACAAGUCUCGCACUGUGACCCUGCAACACGAAGAAGAGCGAGUGGAAGGAGAGGACGAUGGUGAUGACGAGGAUGAUGACGACGACACCUUGUCUGACUGGAAUCUGAGGAAAUGUUCAGCGGCCGCCCUGGACGUCCUCGCUAAUGUGUUCCGGGAGGAGCUGCUUCCUCACCUCCUCCCGCUCCUCAAGGGUCUACUGUUCCACCCGGAAUGGGUCAUAAAGGAGUCCGGUAUCCUGGUCCUCGGAGCCAUCGCUGAAGGCUGUAUGCAGGGCAUGGUGCCCUACCUGCCUGAGCUGAUUCCUCAUCUCAUCCAGUGCCUGUCUGAUAAAAAGGCUCUAGUCCGCUCCAUCGCCUGCUGGACUUUGAGCCGGUACGCCCACUGGGUGGUCAGCCAACCCCCCGACCUUUAUCUGAAGCCCCUUAUGACGGAGUUACUGAAACGAAUUCUGGACAGCAACAAGCGAGUGCAGGAGGCAGCAUGCAGUGCGUUUGCGACCCUGGAGGAAGAAGCCUGCACGGAGCUUGUACCGUAUCUAAGUUUUAUCCUGGACACCUUGGUUUUUGCCUUUGGAAAAUACCAGCACAAGAAUCUCCUCAUACUCUACGAUGCCAUAGGAACCUUAGCGGACUCUGUGGGGCACCAUUUAAAUCAGCCGGAGUACAUCCAAAAACUGAUGCCCCCUCUCAUCCAGAAGUGGAAUGAGCUGAAGGAUGAAGAUAAGGACCUUUUCCCACUCUUGGAGUGCUUGUCCUCCAUCGCAACCGCCCUGCAGAGCGGAUUCCUCCCGUACUGUGAGCCGGUGUAUCAGCGCUGUGUCACGUUGGUGCAGAAGACCCUUGCUCAAGCCAUGAUGUACAGUCAGCAUCCAGACCAGUAUGAAGCCCCCGAUAAAGACUUCAUGAUCGUGGCCUUGGAUCUUCUCAGCGGGCUGGCGGAGGGGCUUGGAGGCCAUGUUGAGCAGUUAGUGGCCAGAAGUAACAUCAUGACCCUCUUGUUCCAGUGCAUGCAGGACAUUAUGCCGGAGGUUCGGCAGAGCUCCUUCGCUCUCCUGGGUGACCUGACGAAGGCUUGUUUCCUGCACGUGAAGCCUUGUAUCUCUGAAUUUAUGCCCAUUCUCGGCACCAACUUAAAUCCAGAGUUCAUCUCUGUCUGUAACAAUGCCACCUGGGCCAUCGGGGAGAUCUGCAUGCAAAUGGGGGCCGAGAUGCAGCCAUACGUUCCUAUGGUCUUGAACAACCUGGUAGAAAUCAUCAACCGGCCAAAUACGCCCAAGACGCUCCUUGAAAACACAGCUAUCACUAUUGGGCGCCUCGGCUGUGUAUGCCCCCAAGAAGUCGCCCCCAUGCUGCAGCAGUUUAUCAGGCCCUGGUGCACGUCUUUACGUAAUAUCCGCGACAACGAGGAGAAGGACUCGGCCUUCCGAGGGAUCUGCAUAAUGAUCGGGGUGAAUCCCGGAGGAGUAGUACAGGAUUUCAUCUUCUUCUGUGACGCGGUGGCCUCCUGGGUGAGCCCCAAAGAUGAUCUGAGGGACAUGUUCUAUAAGAUUUUGCACGGUUUUAAGGAGCAGGUUGGCGAGGACAAUUGGAACCAGUUUUCCGAGCAGUUUCCUCCGCUGCUGAAGGAGCGUCUGGCUGCUUUCUACGGGGUGUAAUGUGAAUGUGGGCAAAUCUACACAUACCCAGCGUGGGAGGUUCCUGUUAGGUCCAUGAGGUCAUUGGGGAGAUUGGUGUCCUACACCCCACACAUCCAGUCUUUAGCGGGGUUUCAGGGAACAGUGUCCUGGGUCAGCGAUAUCCCUCCAUUCCAGACUCCUUCCACCCGACUCCCAAGACGCCUCAGCGGAGAACAGGAGGAUGGAAAACGCCACCUUCCCGCCCUCUGAGACUUUUUUUUUUUUUUUUAAACUUUUAUAGUAACUGAGCAUGAGGGGGGAAGUUGUCUUAGGAUUGAGAUGUUAACCCUUGUAGGGUGGGGGGGUAGGGCUUGUACUGGAGGAGCUGGUCCCACGUCAGGAACUGUUACCGGGCAGGGUUGGAGGGUUAGAAUAUAGAGCGGGAGGGAGGAGGGGGAUUUACAGCUAUAGAUUGACUGUUCCCCUACAGUUUGGAGCAGGAUAGGGUCAAACAUAAGUAAUAAAACAAAAAAUGAAAUUGCAGCAGAAUAGGGAUGCAAGCACAGAACAGAAGGUCGGCCAUCUUUAAAAAGGCCCAGGUUCAGCCGGAGGAAGAGAUUGUAAAGUCAGGAGAUACGUCUGUAGGAGGAGAGUGAUUGUGGAUUUUUUUUAUUUUAUUUUUGCGUCUUUACUACUUUUUGCUCCCUUUGCUAAUUUGCACAAGAGGUAAAUGGUUCACUACGAGUUGUCUCAGUCAUGGCGACGACAGGUAGAGUCUUGGACAGGAUCAGAUUUCUUAAUUUUUUUUGUUAUUUUAAAUGUUAGUAUCUACACAUGUAGAAUCGGUUCUGGGUGGGGGGGGGCGCAAGAUUAGUGUGAAAAACGUGGAAGACUUUACUGCUGAGAUCAGACCAGGGGAGGGCGCCCCCUAGUGGGUAAAAGAAGAAGAGUUCAUGCAGGGAUUCUAGCUCACAAUGCAAAGUCAAUGGAUAAUAAAUACAUUUUUUCAGUGGAGAUCUCUUUUUAUAACCCAGACGCUCGGACACAGAGACAGGACUCGUGGCUCUGCCCGCUGGUACCUGCAGUCUGCCUCAGGAGGAUACAUAAGGGUUAAAGGGAUUCUAUAUGGAACUGUAGCUGUUGCUCUCCCUUUAACCCUUUAGUGCUGACGUGCCUGCAUGGCAGUGUUUGCAUUCAUCUUCACCGCCCCUAUAGGCUGCUGUGUGUUCUCAAUGGAACGGAUCCAUGGAGAGCUGUAGGCACCCACUGCAGCCGUCGUGCCACCCUACCCCCCCAAUAAUGGCACUUGGGCACCUUAUACUGCAAAGCGUAGUAGUUUAUGACACUCUUUUACCCCUACUUUUAUAAAAAAAACUUUUAUCCAUAGGCCAGGCAUUGAGCCUCUAGUACAGAGCAGUCCAUAGGUCUCAUUGGCACUGAGGUGGAUGCUGCCACUCUGCACCAUCUGUACCCUUCAAAAUCUAAAUAAAAUGACCAAUUUGCUGGCCUUUUGCAAAAAAAAAAUAAAAAAAUGUAAUGAAUUUGUAAGGGGACAAGUAAAGUGCACACAGGGCACGUGCGAUCCUCCGCCAGAGUUGUUUAAAGGGCAUCUGUCAGCAGUUUUGUACCUGUUACAUGUGCGCUUGGCAGCUGAAGGCACCUGUGUUGGUCCCAUGUUCAUAUGUGUCCUCAUU